AUGGUUGACCUCUUGCUAGAGAGUCGACUUGAGACUUUUUGUAAUGAAUCUGGUACAGGCAGUCUACAAGUAGAUCGGAUCUACAAGCACUUCGUUCUCCGCUUGUAUGAAAAUCUCCGACAGCACCUCGCUGCAUUGAACUACAUCCCUGGAACGUUCACUGGAGACCAGGCAGCGAAAAUGUUAGUUUCAGACUAUGGUUCCUGUGCAAUGGCAAAGUGGAAAGCAAUAAGGCCAAUCAGAAUCAGACAUAUGCUCAACUUCGAUGCAGACCGCAAACGAUUUGACAUCCAAGGCAUUAUACGAGAGAUUGUGAAAGCGGAAAUAGUAAUCAAAGACCUGCCCGGUGUUCGGACACGAUACUGCGAAAUUUAUUCAGCGGUGAUGAAGGAAAUUUCGAGGAACAUGGGAGGCGCCGAUUUCGUCAAAGCUUUGGAAGCGUUCUCAGUAGAACAGGUUAACUUGAGCAAGUUGCUACACUAAGUCCAUAAUACCCAGGAGGACACCUAUCAUUUCUUUAUAGAGAUGGCGGAGUCGUGUACUGAACUCAUACAGAUCUAUUUGGCAAGUAAGGUGCUUAUUAAAUAGACAUAUCAGUGUGGUUGAGUGCGAAAUCGAAGUUUAUUAAAUUCUAAAUGAUAAAUUAUUGAUCUCUCAUUUAAUUAAUGUA